GUGGGUGUGUGGGUGGGCGGGGGGAACCGGGCCCGGAGCACUCAGGACAAACCCACUCGGUCACAAGUAGGAUGCCCUUCAUCCACAGCCGGCUCCGAGGAUCGGGAGCGAGCUCGGGUUGCCUCCGCCCGCCCGCCCGCCCGCCCGUUAUCCACGGCAUGGCUGCAGUAUAAUGUACACGUCCAGUCCCCAUUGUGAUGAGGAGCUUUCGAGACUAGCGGCAUUGGCGCUUUCUGAAGAAACAAACGAAAGUACUGCAGAAUGGAUGAAGCGGUUGUGGGGGGGGCUCGAGCCCGGCUGGACAGCGGCUGAAUUCGGGGCUGCCUGCGCAUAUUCUGCCGAUCCGUGCAACAGGCAUCAUGGAAGUGUUCCGGCUUCCAGCUGGUAUGUUUUCAUCAUCCAGAAAUCAUAUCAAGAUAAAGAGAAUGCUCCUCAAAGUUCAGUCAUCACCAAGGUCAAAGGGAUUGCAGUCACAAAUUCCUCUGUUGAAAAUAAAGUUUGGGAUGUGGCAGAAUACGUUAAUCCACCAGAGGGUCGAGAUGUUUUCAGUAUCACCGUGCAGAUUAAAACAACCCCUUCUCAGAGAAUGAGCACCUGUCCUGAGUACCAUGAUAUUCCUGGAUCGAACUGUACGACUAACUCAGACUGUGUGCCUGGAGAAAUGGGUCCUCUUGGAAACGGGGUAAAGACGGGGAGAUGUGUAACUUUCCGUGAUUCGAUAAAGACAUGUGAAGUCUAUGCCUGGUGUCCAGUCGAGAACACAGCGUCAACGAGGAUCACAUCACUAAAAGGGAUUGAGAAUUUCACUGUGUUCAUCAAAAACAGUAUACAUUUCCCAAGGUUUGGGUUUUCAAAAGGAAACAUUCAGACAAAUGGAGACCCACAUUAUUUGAGAAAAUGUGUGUUUGAUGAAGAAGCCCAUCUCUACUGUCCUAUUUUCCCACUUAAAUUCAUUAUUGAAAAAUCUGGGGUGACUUUGAACAGCAUGGAAGAGAAGGGAGGAGUUCUAGGAGUAAUUAUAAACUGGAAAUGUGACCUGGAUAGGGCAGCUUCAAAAUGUAAACCUCAAUAUUCCUUCAGAAGUCUGGAUAAAGGAUAUAACUUCAGAAAAACAAGGUACUUCAUGGAGAACGGUACUGAAUAUAGGACCCUAACGAAAGUAUUUGGGAUAAGAAUUGACAUUAUUGUUCACGGUGAGGCAGGAAAGUUCAGUAUCAUUCCACUGGUUAUUAAUGUUGCUUCAGCACUCACAUCAGUUGGGAUUGGGUCAUUCCUGUGUGAUUGGAUUUUGCUGACCUUCAUGAACAAGAAUGAUGUUUACAGAGAAAAGAAGUUUGAAGAGGUACAUAAUGAAGAAAAUAAACUGGCACAUGAUGUUCCUGGAACUGCAGAAAAGAAAUUGAUGACAAGACCUUCACAUGAUUGUACAGAUUGUUGAUUUAGAUAACAUUAUCAACAAUGGUACAUUGUAGGUGGUUGUGGUUCUGUUGGAAACAGUGAUCUACAGUUCAAACUACAGUUCUUUGCAAGUGGCGGGUUUUCGGACUGACUGUGCGGCCUAGCACUUCGCUAUCUCCGGGAACAGCCUGGAAGACGUGUGCCCUCGGGGCUGGGAGGUCAGAAGUCAGGAGCGGCCCCGUGGGCGACCUGGUUCCUCGCCAAUUUCACUGACUGAAGUGCUGUGGAAGACUGAAACAGCAAGACAGCAAGCAGUGUAUUUGCUAAUCGCUGGCUGCUGUUGGAAAAGGCCCCUGUACUCUUUUGAUGGGGAAAGAGUCUAUCAGUCUUUGAGAAGUGAUGUGGAAUAUUGUAAUAUCGGAGCAGCAAGUCGCUGGUCUCUGCUCUCAGUGUUGUAUGAGUGACCUCUCUCCCCGCCACUGGAGAGGGGGAGAGAGCCUGUCUGAGAUACCAAAGUGCUGGUUUGUGAACUGUAGUUUGAUGGACUCUGGAUCAAUGGACUCUUUGGUGCUUCUGCUGCUGCUCGCAUGGUGGUGGGGUGGGGGGGGGUUUGAUGUGUUUGCAAAGGGAGGGUGGCUUUGGGGUUGAGGUUUCUGUUAUUUUAUGGGGUUUGUUACAUGGAAGUCUGUAAAGAGCACAAAUUUAAGUUACUGUAUCCAUACACAGACAUUAAAUGUUCUUUGACUUUUAUUUUUGAAAUAA